CGUUCCUCUCUGUCUUGCUUGUUGUCUCUCUGUCAAUUAGUUCGCCGACUUCUCUUUCUUCUUCUUCUUCUUUCAUCCAUUUGUGGCUUCAGUUCUCCUCACGGGUACCGAAAAAGAACCGCAAUCCGAAUCCCCCACUCUUUCUCCGCCUGGUCAAUCAGCUACGCCGGCCGCCGGGAUCGCCACCGGAGCCGAUCUCGACUUUCGUGAGUUCGUUUUAGAUUCUGGUCAGCUCUAGUUCCGAUUAUCGGGAAACCGGAAACGCAGCCCCUCCUUAUGGAACGGAUCGUCGGAGGGAAGUACAAGCUAGGUCGGAAGAUCGGCAGCGGAUCUUUUGGUGAAAUAUUUCUCGCUACUCACAUCGACACGUUUGAGAUCGUAGCUGUGAAGAUUGAGAAUAGUAAAACGAAGCAUCCGCAGUUGCUCUACGAGGCCAAGCUGUAUAAUAUUCUUCAAGGAGGAAGCGGCAUUCCCAGCAUAAAGUGGUCUGGCUUGGAUGGGGAGGACAAUGUGCUAGUGCUUGAUUUGCUCGGGCCAAGCCUUGAGGACCUCUUUGUCUACUGCGGGAGGAAGUUCUCGCUAAAGACUGUGUUAAUGUUGGCUGAGCAAAUGAUUACAAGGAUUGAAUAUGUACAUUCGAAAGGUUUUCUGCACAGAGACAUUAAACCUGAUAACUUCCUCAUGGGUCUUGGUCGUAAAGCAAACCAGGUCUAUAUAAUUGAUUUUGGGCUUGCAAAAAGAUAUAGAGACGCGGUAUCAAAUCGCCAUAUUCCUUACAGAGAGAACAAGAACUUGACAGGAACUGCUCGCUAUGCAAGUUGCAAUACUCAUCUUGGCAUUGAGCAAAGCCGGCGUGAUGAUUUGGAGUCACUUGGCUAUGUGUUGCUAUAUUUUUUGAGAGGAAGCCUUCCAUGGCAGGGUUUGAAAGCGGCUACGAAGAAGCAGAAGUACGACAAGAUAUGUGAAAAGAAACUAUCUACUCCGAUAGAGGUUCUAUGCAAAUCUCACCCGGUGGAGUUUGCUUCAUACAUGCAUUACUGCCAUUCGCUGACAUUUGAUCAACGGCCUGAUUAUGGAUUCUUGAAGCGCCUGUUUCGUGAUCUAUUCGUACGUGAAGGAUAUGAGUUUGAUUAUGUAUUCGAUUGGACCAUUAUAAAGUACCAGCAGGCACAGAAGAACCGAUCUCAGCCUCGAUUACCGCAAGUAACUGGAACAAGUGGCAGCCAUGCAGUUCAAAGAGAAAAUGCAAAUCAACAAGGAAGUAGUAAUGCCGCGUAUGCUUCCGAGGUUGUACAAUCUAUGGGUCCUGGCAUUCAUAUGCAAUUGAAAUCCUCAACUGGCAAGAAUGUGGUUUCUGAUAAUCAUGCUGACAGGAAUGUUGUGAGUGAUGCACAUAUGCCUUCUAGUUCAUUUUCAUAUGCUGCGACUUCAAGAAGAAAUGCUGCAAAACCAGGCGCCUUGCCAACUGAAGCAACAAGUGGCCAUGGACAUUCUAGCAAGGUCGCUCCGUCUGGCAGCUGGAUCUCAUCAUUGCAGCGCAUUCAUUCUGCCAAAUAAUCUGGAUGCCGAGGAUGUUGUGAAAGGAGGUUAUAAUGAUACAUCAGUUGGAGGCUGAAAAGAAGUUGGCGAUCUGGUAUCAUGCUUUCAGCUAUGUAUGUACUCGAGAUGCAGAUGCUUGCAAUCCAAUUUGCUUUGUUCUUGUUGAAAGUGGAUCUCAGUAUUUGUUCUUUAAGGUUUGUUAUAAAUCACCAACUACCCCAGGCUUGGUUGUGCUGUACAUAGUUGCUUUAUUUAAAUUACUCAUACAAACAUUGUAUUUCUGAUUUCAUGUAAGUGGAAUGAAAUGUGAGGCUUUUAGCACAAGACAGUUGCCUUUUAAAUAGUUGUUCUUGACAGCAUUCCUGAUCUCUCAGUUCAAUAGUUCCGAGUUCAUUGGUUCUUCAUGGAUGCUCAUCCUUGAUACACAUUGUUUUGUUUAUAUCUGAGUUUAUGUGUGCCAUAGUUAGUUUGAAAAGGUGCACCAUUGUUCAUAAACAAGGUGGGAGAUGAUGGACCUUUUUGUAGCAUAUUUCCCCUCAGUUGUAGGCCAGUUUGACCUUUGAUCAGGUUUUUUUGUAGCCUGAAAUAUUCCACAGAAGUUAUUAACUGGGAACCAUUCUCGGGAUGGAGUCUUAGGACUAUGGAGGAUCUGACGCAUGAUACUCGUGAGCUGAUUUAGUGACUGCAAACUGCCAUGUAAUGAAAUGAGGUUGUAAUUCGAAGUCAUGGAUGCUGGUGUCGCUGCAGGUGCAGAUAUCUGCCGUGACUCCUGCUUGGUUCCCCAGUUGCAGGUUUGAUCCAAGUAAGAAACUGAAACUGGCCGCUCCCUUUUGUUGGUAGUACUAAGCAUGGGUACAGCCGAUCACAAGAUGGUGUACUACUUCUGAAGUUGUGUUGUGUUGAGAUGAGAAGGCUGAGCAGUUUUAGCUUACUCUCACCGAGCUGUUGGUAAUGGAUAACAGAUAACUGAGAUAUGUUGUAGCCAGCAUAUGUAGGAAUCAUUUGGUAAUGGUUGGAAGACAUUUUUGGUACAAGGGCAACCUAUAUCUUGCUUUUGCCAAAAUUGUUGAUAUUGAGUACCUUGUUCGACAAGAGUCCGGAGGUGAAGGAAGCGUGUAGAUAUCUCAGGAAUGUAGAACCUCUCUGGGGACUGCUAAAAUUCUGUUAAGUAUUUGGCUCAAGCUCUGAGAACUGGGGCAUGAUGUCCAAAUUUACUUCUCAUAUUUGAGGUGGUCUAGCGGUGAUGGCAAUUCCAAAGCGGCAGGUGAACUUUCUUCUCCAAUCCGCGAGAUCUAGUUUCAGGUCGUGGUAAUAGCUGAUGAGAAAUCAGUUGGACAAGAGCAAAGAAAGAAAGCUUUUGGAUGUAUAUAAACGGUUGCAGCAGGGUGUGGAAAUUCCGAAAUUGUGUCGGGAAGCAAAGAUGGAGGGUACAGUGUGGUAAACCAGAAUGACAAGGAUGAGAUGCGAGGCUGGUGGUAUAGAGCAAUCACAUGAUGGUACAGAUGGUAUCUGUUACUGAGUUCUUCGUGUGCUAGGAGGUCGGUUCAUCUGGGAUUGCGUGUUAUCAGUUUCAUUGUGCCGAAGCGGUGCUGAGACUGCGUCCAGGUUUGUUCCGUAGGUAUAACCCUUUAUUCUCUCUCCAUGGAACUAUGCUCCACGGCUUGCAGCUCUCAUAUUUUCCCUCCAUAAGCAAUUGUUUCUCUACUUGAAUAGUAUGACAGUGAAAAUGGAUUAUUUCAUUAUAAUAUCAACUUAUGAAACGCCAUAACUUUAACAGUGGAUUUGGUUCUCCUAAGUUGACGCUUUCCUUGCGUGUAUUGUUAGGGUUGGUGGAAAUGGAUUGAAUCUCAAAUCUUAUACUCAGAAGAUAAGCUGAUCAACCAUCAUGUUACACCCCUGUGGUUCUUAGUUGAGGUUCUUUUCUCGUACACCAACAAACACCCGGCGAAAGGAAAUGAUCGAUUUCUUCAUCGCGAGUUGAGUUCUUGCCUCGUACACCAACAAACCAGGACGAAAAGAAAUGUUCAAUUUAUUCAUCGCGCUCUUUGUUAUUGUUUAUCUUGAGCUUGGGUACUUGGAAUGGAAGAGCAGCAAGGCUAUCUGUAGACAGUUUUGAAGAAAUCCAUGGUUCAAUACAAACGUCCAUUGACCACAACUAAGGCUACGUUUUGGCUUUAAAAUGCUCCACUUGAGAUUUGCUAUUAUGAACUGUGAAGUAACAAUCACAAUAGACAACGAAGAACCUGGACACUGAAGGUUCGUUUUGCAUGAAAGAAUUGAGUGAGAGGCUGUGUUUAAGUUCAAUAAAAAAAUUGUCUAAGAAGAAAAUUAAUAACCC